UAUUCAGCCAUUUUCACCCGCUCCCUCCACCUGUCUGCUUCAUGCGUCACUUCCGGUGAUACUUCCGGGGCUGGCUUGGAGGCGAGGAUGCCUGGGAAUUGAAGUCCAGCGGAUAGGGGGCGGUGCCUGUGCGGAGAGGCUGUGCCGGACCUCCCUUCCUAGCAAGGCUCGAGGUGGGAGAGGCUGAGCCGGGGAGCGAGGUAGAGAGGAGAGGUCUCUGAGAGAAUUGGGUGCAGGUGAAGGAGAGGGCACCGAAGCUGUCAGGCGCAAGCGUGCGGAGGAUGGACUACAAGCCCCAGAAGCCCUGGCGGCACUAGGCGCAAGCGCAUUGAGAAAGGAGGAAGGAGAAGCGGCGGCCCUUCCCCCGGACCCAGGAUGAACCUGGAGCGGGUGUCCAACGAGGAGAAGCUGAACCUCUGCCGGAAAUACUACCUGGGUGGAUUUGCACUUCUGCCCUUUCUCUGGCUGGUCAACGUUCUGUGGUUCUUUCGAGAGGCCUUCCUGGCCCCAGCCUAUGAGGAGCAGGGACAAAUCAAGGGCUACGUCUGGCGUUCAGCCCUGGGGCUAGUCUUUUGGCUCGUGGCGCUGACCUCCUGGAUCACCAUCUUCCAGAUCAACCGAGCCCGUUGGGGAGCCCUGGGCGACUAUCUCUCCUUCACCAUCCCUCUGGGGAUACCCUGAUCAGCCCUCCCCCGCUGCCAGCUCAUGGCCGGGUCCCCUUCUCACCCUGCCUUACCUCCAGCACUGGGCCAGUAUGGCUUCCAAAGAUGAAGAUCUAACAUCCUUCAUGUCCCCACAGCCUUUUGUUUGUCCAGGCUGGCUCCCCAGAACAUCUCUCUCUAAUUUCCCAUUUCUCCCUCUAGCCUCCACUGAGGCUCCCAAAUAAUAAAAAAAAAGGAUAUUUCAUGAGUA